AUGUCCAGGCGUACCGGCGGCAAUGACCGCGCUGCACAGAAUGCUCAGACUCUGAAAGCUCUUGUCAAGCUGGAAGGCAAUAAGGUUUGUGCAGAUUGCAAACGCAACAAGCAUCCACGAUGGGCCAGCUGGAAUCUAGGAGUGUUCGUCUGCAUCCGAUGUUCAGGUAUCCAUCGUGGAAUGGGAACGCACAUCAGUCGAGUCAAGUCGGUCGAUCUCGAUGCCUGGACCGACGAGCAGCUACAAAACAUCUUGAAAUGGGGCAAUAACCGAGCCAACAAGUACUGGGAGGACAAGCUGGCUGCCGGCCACGUCCCUUCCGAGGCCAAGAUCGAGAACUUUAUCCGAACAAAGUACGAAUCAAAGAGAUGGGUCAUGGACGGACCUAUGCCAGAUCCUUCUACACUCGACGUCGAUGACGACGUUCCGCUUAAUAUUGUGCAAGAGAAGGCGAAGCUUGAGCGUUCGACCUCGCAGCGGCUGCAGCAACAAGCCUCAACUCAAAGGGGAGCGCCUCCUCCGCCACGAGCUGCUCCUGCGCCUCAGAUUGACUUGUUUGGAGACAUUGCGUCCGAACCGCCCGUCCGGCCCAGCACCACAGAUAUCCCUCAAUCGACGCCUGCCGUAAGAAAUGCACCGCAGCUGGGCAAGCCAGCUUCGAAGCAAGGUGACUCUCUCCUUGGCCUCGACUUCUUCGGGGGUCCUCCAUCUGCAGGUAUUGGUCGGCCCGCAAGCGCUGCAUCGAAUCCAUCUGCUCCGACGGCAAAUCCACGUGGCGAUCUCAAAAAUUCCAUACUGUCACUUUAUGCGAGUGCUCCCAAGCCGCAGCCAGUUUCUCAACCAGCCCACGACCGACAGUCGUCCUUUGGUGGGAUGGCUUCGCCUCCGCCACAGCAGAAGGAAGCAUUCGGAGGUUUGGCUGAUGCUUUUGGCGGCCUCAACUUCUCCAGCACGAGCGCACCUAAACCACCCACUCAGUCUCCUCCAUCGGCCUUUUCUGGCAUGUCCAGCUUUUCGCCCCCAAUUCCCACCAAAUCAACGCCUGCUGCCGCGCAAGUUACUUCUCCUCCCCCUCUUAGCGGCGGUGGCUUCUUCGACGCCACGCCCACCAGCCCUCCAGCUCCCAAACCAGCCCCAAGCCCAGCCGCAAAGAAUGCCCUCGAUUUUUCCUUCACGCAGCACGCCACACCAGCAACCCCGCCUGCUCCCAAGCCUGCUCCCGCGCCAGUUUCCAAACCAGCAUCAUCUAUUCCUACAGAUCUUUUCAGCAAUGACGACUUUGGAGGGUGGUCCUCAGCGCCCUCGACGGCCUCUGCCGCACUUCCGCCUAAAGUUGCGUCCCCCACCGCGCCGAAUCCUAAUGACUUUGGCUCAGCAUUCAACCUAUCUGCGCAACCUACCAAAACUGUACAUCCUCCUCCGCGUCCGGCACCCGUGAGCUCAAACAGCAAUGCUAUGUUUGAUCCGUGGGGCUCGUCCGCUGCUGAAAGCAGUCCGUGGGGAGCCCCCGAGCCUACUCCUGCGCCUGCCAAACCUGCAGCCCCGAGCGUCGACCUUGGAAAGGUACCUUCCCGUAUAACUCCGAACGACAUUACAGGUGGAUGGGGCAAUCCUAUCUCCGAGGCGAACAAGCCAGCAAGGCAGCCAUCAGUGACAGCGGACGAGGAUUUCGGAGGGUGGACAUCUGCUUCCACGACCCAGACACCUGCCACGGCCAAGCCAAGUGGUGGAUUUGGAGGAGCCUCUGAUCCCUUUGACAACCCUUGGGGCUAG